CCUCGUCACAUUUUUUAUUUUUUUUUGUCUGAAAAGAUUUAAUAAAAUGUCCUAAUUAGAAAAAGAAAAAUAGCGCGCCUUAUCACAGUUUUUUUUAUUAAAUUAAAUCAAUCUUCACAUUUUCGACUACCGUAACUAUUUACUCUUAACAUUUUUUAUCUUAUACACAACUCGACAUUUUCUCUUUUAUUAAAUAUAUUAAAUACUUUUAGAAUUGGUUUUUGAAUAGCAAUAAGCUUUUUUUUUUAUAAAGAGUACUCACCUCUACAUUAUAUUUCAAAUUAAGUUUAAAAGAAUUCAAAUUUUGCAAAAGUAACUAUUUUAACCUGUCAUGGCAGCUGAUACGUCCUCUAACACUUCAUCGAACGAUUUUCUUGUUAACGAUAAUGGAGAUUUCCUUAAUACGCAAAACACACAAGAAGAUAUUCAUUCAUUUCAUCCAAAACUGUCAAACACUGCUAUACAAAGUACACAAAGUCAAUUGUUUCAAACUCCGUAUUUUACAAAUCGGAAUAUAGCGUAUCACUCGAGAGUACCCCCAAGUCCUCGUGAUCAUUCCCCCCAUUCUGAACAAGGCAAUGAACCAAAACAAUGGGAAGAUGAAAAUAGGCGUUAUAAGUUGGAAAUCCACAAAACAGAAUCGCAACAAAGUGUGAACGGUCUCUUACCAAUAAAAUUUAAUCAGAAUAUACACUCUGAACAACCACAAAGUCAUUCCUCAAUAAACAUAAAUCAAAGUAGUUUAAGUCGUUCUGCCUCUCCCUUAGCAAAACCUUACCCAGGUAACGCAAAAGAUAUGGAUCAAUUAGAAGGCAAAUUAGUGCAACAAAACAAAGAAAUACAACAAUUAUUAGAGCAAAGAAUAGUUUUAGAAACUGAACUCGCGGCUUUUCGUGGAAGUAAAAACGUAUCCAGUGAUGCAAUGCUUCAUACCAUGGUCAAUUCUCCAUCGCCACAUCACCGAAAAUUCACACAGAUUGAACACGCAUCGGAAGAUCAGCCUUUAGGGUGUAUAACACGGGACGAGCCCAGUGGUGUACCAGAAGACAAAACCAUAAAUCCAGAUUUAAAGAAAAAGAAGAAGAGCGGACAAAAAUGGUUUUCUUUUACACGUUACAAGAAAGAUUCAAAAAAGUCAAAUGAAAACAAUACGGAAUUAAUACUUGAUGAUUUAUCAAAACCAGCUUCUAGUGAUAAUGUACCUUUAAUAAAAAAUGAAAAUUCUCUGCAAGCUAAAAAAAUAGAACAGACCGAUCCAGAGGCGUUUGACGUCGACACUUCUAUGAUCACUUCGCUACAGCGAAAUCUUGCUUAUGUGACCAAUUCGAAUGCUUUACUCCAAUCAGAAAUUCAAGCCUUAAAACUAGAAUUACAAACACAGUUUACUCAACAUUUUUUAAUUUUUGUUAAGGAACUGAUACAAAGUUGUUUAGGGGAAACGAAUAAGAUUCUUCUACCUAUUCCUUUUGAUAAAGAAAAAACACCUGACCAAUUACAGUUGUUGUUUGAGGUUCAAGCCAGAGCUUUGGAAAAACUUAGUUUAAAAAAUACAAUGCUUCAAAAUAGGCUAGUUCAUGAACAAAAUACGCGGACUUCUAAGAUUUUGGAAAAUGAUAAACCUGACCAAAAUUUAUUAAAUAAAUGUACCACUGAAAAUGAAAAGCCUCUUGAAAGCGGCUUACGAGAAACGUAUCAGGAAACUUUGGCAUCGUUGUUAAGGGAAAAAAAUACCGUUGCUUUACUUGAAGAAAAAGUGAGGAAACUUCAAACCCUGUUGAAAGAAGAAAAACAAAGAUUUACAGUGUCUGUCGAGGCAUUAAAAAGUGAAAUCAACAAAUAUAAAGUUUUAUCUGGCAAUUUGGUUCGAAAGUGUGAGACAACUCAAAAUGAAUUAUGUAAAGAAAGAGUACAUCACUUAGAGGAAACAAAACAGUAUGAAGAAAAACUUCGCUGUUUAAAGAAUGCCUAUUCUAGAGCUUCUCCAGUCAAAUCUUUAAUAGAUCUUUCUUUAACAAAAACAAAUGAACACUUUAUGGACGCACCGCAUAACCAUGUAUAUUCAGGUUCGGAUGAUGGUACAGGUUCCAUAAAGAAACGUUUCAAACUAGCUAAAGAAAAAGUUGUUAACAUUUCUUUUCUUCGUCAUGAUUUCUCAUCAGCUGUAUCGAAUCCCUUAAACAUUGGUUGUUGCACUAAAAGUCAAUCCCCUGUUUUCAUAGAACGUGAAGAAAAUGGGUAUUAUUUAUGCGAAACGUUACCAUCCAGAUUAAGGCCAACACUUAAAGCAAUUGCUUCACCCGCUUUAAUAAAAUGGGCAACGACAUCGAAUCCUGUGGUCCCCACAUCUUCCGUACCCUUAGUUUCUUCUUCAAAUUCAAAUAACUAUAAGAAAAGUGACACGGAGUAUAGAACGACAGAAGACCAACAAAAAACAACCGUUACACCUGUUUUAUCGGACUAUCGACAUUUGAUGAGUCAUAGUCCAACAGGUAGUGUCCCGUCCCACACAACUCAAAAAAAUUGCUUACAGUUGCCCUACACGUUGACAAACUUUUCCGUUAAUCCCUUGACUCAACCUUACUUAAACACAACUUUACAAACUAACAAAUCAUCUUUACAAAACAUUGCGAAUAUGUCUUCGAGUAUUGAUCCCCGUAAUGUUUUACCUUUGAAAUAAAAUGAUUAAAAACAAAAGAAAAAUUAAAAAAUUUAAAGUUCACGCAUUUUUAUAUUUUUCAUUGAAAUAAAUGUCUAUUAAUAAGUAGUCUUUUAAAAUUUUUUUUUCAACGUGACUUUAUUUAGCAACUUUUUUUAUCCAGAUAGAAAUGCUUCAAACUCCUACGGUUGAGUUUUUUUUCA